CGUUUUGGUGCACCAAAAAAAUUCAACACAACACGCUUUGUGCCUUCUAUAAAGUCAAUUUCCACUUCUCUGAUUCUUCUUCUUAUUCACAUAUUCAAUUAAGAUGGGAGAUUAUGAUGAAGAUGGAUGCCAAUGCCGGCCAUUGGGUUUCUUGAUCGGAUUACCCUUUGCUCUAUUGGCCUUGGUUUUGUCUGUUCUUGGUGCGAUUAUCUGGGUUCUUGGAACAAUACUGAGUUGUUUGUGCCCAUGCUGCAUCUGCUGCACCGGAUUGGCCAAUUUGGCAGUGAGUCUUGUGAAGCUUCCGGUUCGAAUUAUUAGGUGGUUCAUUCACCAAAUUCCUUGUUAGUGAUAGUUUAGCUGUUCCUAGUCAUUCUUUGAUGCUUCAUUCAUUCACCAAAUUCCUUAUUGUUAAUUACUUAGGCUCAUUACUAUGUAGUCAUUACUAAAACUUUGAUCCUUUUCAUCAUUGGAUUCUUUAUUGUUUUGUAAUAGAAGGCAGUUUCAGACUUUCCUGCUUCAUAUUUGAUAUCAUUCUUUUUCUUUUCUGUGA